UUCAAUUGACGAAGUGAGUAUAUAAGUGGUAUCAUCCGAGGCUAAUGGAUCAGUAUUCAAUUUCGUUCUGACCGCGUCAAUUAUGGAGCUGUCUCUCGUCCUCGUCCUGGUGCUCGGCUGUGCCUCCCUUGGAAUCCAUAGUGGACAAGCCUCCGAUUUGCCCUCGGGAAUCGAGAAAUGCGGGGCCAUGGACGAGCAGUGUCUUUUGAACGGGGUUAACUACGUGCUGAGAAACUAUGCCAAGAGUGGAAUCAAGGAGCUGGGACUGAUCCCACUGGAUCCGCUGCACAUCAAGAAGUUCAAGAUUGGCCGUAAUCCACACAGUCCAGUCAACAUCGAUCUGAGCUUCCGCGAAGUGGACCUUUUGGGUCUUCAUCAGGCAGUUGCAAAGCGAGUGAGCGGAUUCACAGCAGAUCUCGGCCGCACAAUUGAGCUGGUUAUGGAUGUGCCCGAAAUUGCACUCAAAGGCCCCUACAUAGUAGAUGGCCGAGUCCUUAUUCUACCCAUUACGGGAAAGGGCAAUGCCGAGAUUCGGCUAAUAAAAACCAAGGUGCAUGCUUUGGUCAAGUUAAGGCGUGUUCCCAAGGGCGAUCAUCAGACCUUUGCCGAGGUGGUUGACAUCAAGGUGGAGGUGAAUCCCUCCCAUGUCUCCUAUCACCUGGAGAACCUAUUCAAUGGCCAGAAGGAUUUGAGUGAGAACAUGCACGCCCUCAUCAACGAGAACUGGCAGGACAUCUUCAGCGAACUCAAGCCAGGCAUUUCCGAGGCCUUCGGACUAAUAGUCAAGUCAGUGCUGGACAGGAUCUUCGGGAAACUGCCGCUGGAACAGCUCUUCGUAGUCUAAUCAUAAGCCCUAGUAAAAAGCUCUUCAACUUCGAUUAGUUGAAACAUAA